AGAAGAGUUACCUCCCUUGCAGUAUUUUACUAUGGUGAAAGUUUGAUGUCAACAGCUUAUCAGCAAGUGCCCUAUCGACAAUCUCGGUAGCUCGGUUUCUGAAAGGAUGGAAGCUGUGUGAGCACAAGGACAAGAAGAGAGUUUAUGACACUGAGUCUGUGCAUAAGUUGCCAAGAUCAUGAGCUCUGUGAACAUCGAGUCGCAACCAUGCCCUCAGCGGGAUGUGUCAUCUAAGGUGUGGCGGAUAUUCGAGCAUCUGUAUCAUGGAGUGACCAGCCUCUACACCUGGGUCAGUAGGAUGGACAUAGAUGGACUGGUGCUGGUCCACGAUGGCGACCCCCCGGGAUAUGUGAACUUUCUACACAACGCCCUGGUGGCGGAGAUGGAGAGUCAGGGGGGACAACUCCCCACCAGCCUCAGUCAAGUCUCACACCAGCGUGAGGUCAUCCUCAGGGUCAUCGAGAGGCUGAGACGAAAGAAUGUAAACAACGUUCUUACACUUGGAUUUGGAGCUAUGUCUGACAACCCGAAGGCACACAUCAGUCACAUCCCCAGUUUGGAGUACAGGUUCCCGAACAGUGCAUUCAACAGACUCCAGUACAGCCCUUGGAAGACACUGCUGUCUAGGAUCGGAGACCAGCUGAUGUCACUGCUCCUGGAGCGUACCAGUGUGUUCUACCUUGUCCCACCCUCCAACUACGUCCAGCUGACAGGUGUGCCUGUGUAUGAGCUGUGGCCCAGUGACAGCGGGAAGUCUUUGAUUAUUAAACCAGUCUGCCGGAAGAACAAAGUUACAAAGAAUCAUCACUUUCCAAAGAAAACAAAAUCAGAAAUUACAGAUUUGGGAACUCCCAAGAAGCGUCAUGUCCCGACCACACCUGGUGUAAAGAGACAGACUGGGUUGAAGAGAAAGAGAGACGAGGGAAGUAAUGAUGGGAAGAAGGCCCGACGGAGAGGUGAAAACACGGGGGGAUCGAAGACGUUCAACCCCUUUGAUUUCCACAUGACGACCCCUCGCCAUAUCAUGAUGUACAGUAAAGAUCUUCGAGAACAUCUUCCCAAGUCUUUCUGUCUGAGUGGCCUGGAGCCGUCUGUGGUGGGGGGCACCUGCCUCAGUGGCCAGAUCCUCCAUCACAUCCGUGUCGUCCCCUGUGUCCCGGAGAGGACGGAGUUGGAGGACACAGCUGACACACACACAACACACAUUGGUCCUCUGUGUCAGCAGAUCCUACAGAACCACAGGAAAUGUCGAUACAGAUCACUGCUCAACCACUACUGUAGAACAAAGUCACAAAUGGUUAAAAGGUCAAGGUCAUCUGACAGAAUACCCAGGUUGUCAGCUCCUGUCUUCAAGAGAGGUGCUGCAGGGACAAGGUCAGACGUCCCAUCCCUGAAGAGGUCAGGCUGCAGGAAGCUGACCACAGGCCAACUGCUGGACGACUUCACCCCUCACAGACAGGUGUUCCUCUUCUUGCGGGCACUUUGUAUCAAGGUCAUUCCGCUGGAGAUGUUCGGGGAUGAUCGCAACAGAAAGGUUUUCUUCAAGCCAGAUCUCGGGGACGCUGUGUCACUGGGGCAGCAUGAGAAGUACUGCCUGGGACAGCUCAUGAAGGACGUGAAGGUGAAGUCCUACAAGUGUCUACAGCGUGAGCCCGGCGGACAUCCCUGCCAAGUGCGUCGAGUGGCCCAGAUACUGUGGUGGCUGCUCAACUAUUUCAUCUGUCCUGUCAUCAAGGCAUUCUUCUAUGUGACAAACACCAACAUCUACAGGAACCGGGUUGUGUACUACAGGAAGAGUGUAUGGAUUCAGCUCCACACCAGGACUCUCACAGCUCUGCGACAGAGGAAGAUGAUGUCCCCCGUUACACAGACGAAGGUGGAGCACCUACUUGAUAGCGGCCAUGCCCUAGGGAUCUCCUACCUGCGCUUCCUGCCUAAAUUGACGUCACUGAGACCUGUCGUCAACAUGGGCAGGAAACCUGAGCCGUGGACCAAGAAGAAACUGUCCAUCAACUCCCAACUACGGACCUGUUUGAGUAUCCUUCAGUAUCACGUGCACAGAAGACCGGAACUGCUGCAGAGCUCCAAGUUUGGUUUCCAAGACAUCUAUGAGGCAUUCAGGGAGUUUGUUGUAAAGAGGCGGGCACGGCAGGACACGCGGCCUCUCUACUUCGUGAAGACUGACAUCAACAAGUGCUUUGACACUAUAGUACAAGAGAAACUAUACUUCAUUGUCAAGGCUAUCUUAGAGUCCGAAGAUGAAUACAUAACGCGAAGAUGGGCAAGUGUUUUCCUGGCCGGGGACCGACUCAGACGUACCUACCAUCGGGAGACCUUCACCCUCGGGGAAUACGAACCGGACUUCAUCCGGUACAUGCGGAGUCGCUCCGAGCAGCUGACCGACUGUCUCCUGGUGGACCAGGUGAUGCACCCACACCUCACAGCCGACCACCUAGUGUCUGUGGUGAAGAGCCAUCUCUUUAACAACAUAGUCAAGAUUGGCCGGGGGUACUUUCAGCAGACGGUGGGGAUCGGGCAGGGGUCUGUCCUGUCCACCAUGUUGUGCAGCUUGUACACCGCACACCUGGAGCAGCUCACGCUUGGCGCCGCUCAGGAGGACGAGCUGCGGAUGCGCCUCGUGGAUGACAAUCUCUACAUCACCCCCCACAGGGACAAGGCUGUGCACUUCCUCAAUAUUGCUCUACAGGGCAACAAGGAGUACAACUUUACAUCCAACAUGGACAAGGUCCUUCUCAACUUUGAGGUGUUCCAUCCUGAGCAAGGUCUAGUUCCUUCUGUAGACAGUGAGGAGUUCCCGUGGUGUGGGAUGCUGUUCAACACGCACAGCCUGGAGGUGAUGGUGGACUACGACAGAUACGCUGGGCAAGCCAUCCGAGACACAAUCACGAUAGAAUUCUCUACUCAACCCGGUGUCUCCAUGAAGAACAAGCUGCUUAUGUUCUUGAGGUACAAAUGUCACGGGAUGUACAUGGACCCACAGAUCAACAGCGUGGCCAGGAGGAUCGUCAGCACGUACCGAGUGUUCCUGCUGGCGGCCUACAAGCUCCACUGCUUCGUCCUCAACUCCUGGCCGGCCUCACGCAGGAACAACCAUCGCUUCCUGAUAGAGGUCAUCCUCAACCUUGCCAGCUACCUUCACUUCAAGGUCAAGGCCAAUGUGAAGCAAGCCGUUGAUGAGGAUGGAGGCUCGUCUCUGUUGCCGUUACCUCUUGUCAAAUGGCUGUGUGUGCAGGCCCACCUGGUGAAACUCCAGCAGCACCACUCCAUGUACAGUCCGCUGCUGUCUGCACUCAAGGCCUACAGGAAGGGCUUCUGGAGGAGGAUGAUUCCCCAGCACAGGUGUGAGGUGGAGUUCCUCAAGAAGAAUCGCAUCCCUGUACAGUUCCAGCAGAUCCUGGAGAGGUGAUGGGCCUCGUCGUGUCUGUAGACACUGGAGAGUUGAUCAGCCAAUUCAUGUCUGUAGAUACUGGAUUCAUGUCACCCAUUUCAUGCCAUUUCACCUGUUGCUCGCUUUGUUAUCCUCAUGUAGAGGAAUAAAUCUGUUUACAUCGA